UUUGUCUACUUUUCCUUUCUUUUUUCUAAUGUUUUUUCUCUAUCAAUUGGGUAUACUUUCUUUGUUACUUCCAAAUUUGGUUGUGUCUUCGUAUAAUCCAGCUAAAAGCUUGGAAUUUAUUUUCCUAUUCUUUCACUAAAUUUUAAACAUCGAUUUUUUACUUCUAGGAAGUUUUAAACUUUUGUUUAAACAAAAAAAAAUUUUUAACAAGAAAAAUGGAUAACAAUCAAAACCCAAACCCCCCAAAUCUCCAAAUAUUACCCCCUCCCCCUCCUCCAAUUCCAUCAUUAACUUCCCUCAUUUCUUCAUUUCCCUCAACUCCACGUUCACCAUCAACUAAUAAUUCUAAUAUUCAAACACCAACCUCUAGCACAAAUUAUUAUUUUACUUCAUUAGUUUCUCCAAUACAUCAACGUUUUAUUGGUUUUGAAAGAAAAGUAAAAAACUGGCGUUUAUUUCGACAUAUUUCAACAACUAAAAGCAGUCAACGGUCAACUUCUUGUGAUCCAACAGAAAAACAAUUAAAGCCUAAAGAGGGAAUAAAUAAAAAUUGUCAGAAAAAUAAAAAUUCUGGAAGUCUUACUUGCCCAAUUUCGAGAAAACAUUUAUACAUGAAUCUUUCUGGUCCUUCACGUCCACGUCCAACAUUGGAUGCUGUCUCGACUUCUAGUGAUAAGAGUAUUAGCCCAGAAGAGGUUCAAAGUCGAUUCAAAAUAAUUGAGGAAAAUUCGGGAACUUUAAAUUUUGGUAAUAAAAUAUUUACUGGAGUUAAAUAUGAAGAUUUGGAACGCCAAGAUCAGGUUUUUUUUAAUUUUAAUAAAAUCCACACGGCGGGCCAUAGGGGACUCUAA